AUGCAGGAAGUCGGCUUAGACAGUGACCGAGAAGUGGAUAGCACACAUGCAGGGCCCGUGGCAAAGCUUGUGCCUGCCCAUGAGAUGGCAGCCAAGACGGAGAUGUCGGCUGUCAGCCUUGCCCCUCUUGGACUGAGCAGAGAGCCGAGACAGCGACUAGGGGUUCGAAACGCAGGACCGGUGUUCACGUGGACAUACAAGCGACCACCCCAAAAGGCAUGCGUCGGCAUGGGACUGUCCGCGCGCGGCGAUAUUGUCACUGUCAUAUCGGAAGCACUGCUCCAGCAUAGGGAUAUCUCGCCGUGGUUCAUUCCUUCGGAGGCCGAAGAAGUUCUCCACGAGUAUGGAUGGCUUCAUGCCGAGACGAGUCAUGCUCAAAAGUAUUCCGCAGUGCUUCCUGGAGCUGACGCUACGAAACACGUCGAGCAGAUAAGUACGCAGUUACCAGACAUCAUCCACCAUACGUACAUUGGAGCCAAGUGGGAUCACGACAAUCCCGGACCAGCCAUGGACGACGCAUUCCAUGGUGUUGUUCCACUACAGGCAAGAACGGAACAUGGCGGCGACGAUAACAACAACAAUAACAGUAACUGCACCGCCGGCCAAGAAUAG